CGGUUCCUGCGCAGCGCUCCGCAUUGGAGCUCCUUUUGUCCAAGGCUGAAGCCCGGAGCCUCGGGCAAGCCGCUACCGGUCACUGCUCGGUGGUAGUGGCCGAGAGCCGAGCAUCCCUUCUCAGGGGAUGGUGCGGCUCACUACUGUGGCUGCCCCCAGCGAGCAGAGAGUCAGGGAGAACGUCCCUAAGGAUACCCGCGAGCCCUCCAGGAGGCUCGAGGCGGCUCUGCAAGGAGCGCACGGGCGGAGCUGGAGUAGGAGGGGGAAGGUUUGAGGGGGAAGGGAGGGGGGAAGCAGGAUGGGCGAUUGGCCGGCACCAGCACGUGACCGUGGCUUGCAAGGCCACACGUGCUAUCGGCCUCCCGGGUUGCAGACGGGCUCCGAGAGCCCGGCAGUUGGUGUGUGCGCGCGCGCGCCUGGGAAUGUGAGUCUGUGUGUGAGGGAGCACGAGCGCCCACGUCUGUCUGUGCGCUGAGCGCUGCUGCUUGCUUUCUCCGUCGUAGCCGCUGUCUGCUAGAGCGUUUGCACUUCUACCGAGCAUCUGGUUCAGCAUGCAAGAAGAAGCAAGGAGUGAGAAAAAGCAGAACUAAUGGGCCAUAAGGAUGUAAGCGUGUUUGAAGGCUGCCUUACAUACCACUCCAGGAAAGAAUCAUGAAUAAACUGGAGGACAAGCAGGACCAGAUGAUACCAUGAAGAGAAGUUUACAGGUCCUCUAUUGCCAACUGUUUAGUGUUCUCUUGAUCUUGGCACUGACAGAAGAGCUGGUAUUUGCCACCCAGGAACCGUCUCCCAGGGAGUCACAUCAGAACCCCCAGAUGGACACUACCCCUGUUGUUAUGGCGACAGUGCCCCCUAGUUCCACCAAUCACCAUGCCACAGCACUUUCCCCCACCACUGUGGUGGUGACAGCUCCCCAGACCGAUGGACGCCGCCUGACAGAUGCUGCCCCAACUACUGUGGCAAAGAAACCCCCCCAUUCCAAGAAACACUCCCUAACAAACAGCACUUCUGCUACCAUGGUGACAACAACCCGCCGCCCACCACGGCCACCAGGUUCUUCGAGGAAGGCUCGCCCUUUCCCGCCUGCGGCCGGUGGCGGUGCUGGCCGGAAGGAGACUCAGCGGGCACGCAACCAGAGUGCCCUCCACCUGGGGCAGACACGUCCUCUUGGGAAAAUCUUUCAGAUUUACAAAGGCAAUUUCACAGGGCGCCCAGAGCCUGGUUCCCAGACAGAGCCCCAUCCCUCGACUCCCACCUCGAGAAAUCCAUCCUACUCCUCUGAGUCUCUACGGCCCCAGGUCAUGACUGCUACUACAGAGCCUGCUGGCAUCGUGUGGGCACCGUCUAUGGACUCUCCACAUGGAGACACAAUGCCAGGCGUCAGGCAGGCAGAACGAGAGAGCAGCCAUGGAAGGGAGCCCGAUGCCACAGUCAUGGCCCCAGGCAUGGCCACGGAGCCCCACCCUGAUCCAGAAACCACAACAGUGCCUUCUCAGCCCCCGCACAGUGACCUGUCACAGGAUGUCCCAAGUCUCAGCGACUCCUGGCUCUCCCUGACCCCAGGAACCAGCGUACCUUUGUUUGCCAACCCUGGGGUCUCAACAGCCCCAGGGGGCUCCGUCCAGGCUGCCUUUAAUGUCACUGUUUCAUCCCCGGUGGUGGGGAGCCCUCAGGGAGCUUCUUCUACAACCCAGCAGGCCCUGGCCAGCCCUGAUCUGCUCUCCAGCAGCACCCUUUCUACCAGGAGCCCUGAACUACUAUCCAGCGUCCUCUCCUCCAAAAACCCGAACCUGCUGCACAGCAGCACCCUUUCUACCAGGAUCCCCAAGCUACUGUCCAGCAGCCUUUCCUCCAAGAAUCCCAGCCUACUAUCCAGUAGCACUGUCUCUGCUCAGAGCCUAACCUUGCUCUCCAACAUCACUUUCUCCAUCAAGAGCACUACUGUCUUCUCCAGCAGUACCCUACCCACCGGGAGCCCCACCAUCCUCUCCAGGGUCACCCUCCCCCCAAAAAGCCCUACUCUGCCCUCUAAAGCCACCCUCCCCCCCAAGAAUCCCACCUUGCUCUCCAGCAUCACUCUCCCACCCAAGGGCCCCACUCUGCCUCUCAGCAGCACCCUCUCCAUCAGGAGCCCCACUCUACCCUCUAGGAGCACCCUCCCUUCCAGGAGUCCCACCCUGCUCUCUAGUAGCACCCUCGCUCCCAGGAGCUCCACUUUGCCCUCCAAAAGCACCCUCCCUUCCAGGAGUCCCACCCUGCUCUCCAGCAGCACCCUCACCCCCAGGAGCCCCACUUUGCCCUCCAAAAGCACCCUCCCUCCCAAGAGACCCACUCUGCUUUCCAGAAGCACCUUGCCCCCAAAGAAGCCUCCCCUGCUUUCCAGUAGCACCCUCGCCCCCAAGAACUCCACCCUGCUCUCUAACAUCACCCUCCCCCCAAGGAGUCCCACCCUGCUCCCCAGCAGCACCCUGCCCCCCGGGAGCACCACUUCUUUCUCCAGCAGUCCCCUUCCUACUGAUGAAGGGGAUUCGAUCACACUCACGGUUGCUAGCAGAGUAUACAGUCCCCUCUCUACAGUGGGUUCCACUGCUACUGGAAACUUCCUAAACAGACUGGUCCCAGCGGGAACCUGGAAGCCUGGCAUGCCGGGAAACAUCUCACAUGUGACCGAGGGGGACAAGCCCCAGCACAGAACCACCAUCUGCCUGAGCAAGAUGGACAUUGUCUGGGUGAUCUUGGCCAUCAGUGUGCCCAUAUCUUCCUGUUCGGUCUUGCUGACAGUGUGUUGCAUGAGGAGGAAGAAGAAAACAUCAAACCCAGAAAACAACCUGAGUUAUUGGAACAAUGCUAUCACCAUGGACUACUUCAACAGGCAUGCUGUGGAGCUGCCCAGAGAGAUCCAGUCUCUGGAAACUUCCGAGGACCAGCUCUCGGAGCCCCGCUCUCCAGCCAAUGGAGAUUACAGAGGCAGUGGGAUGGUACUUGUAAACCCCUUCUGUCAAGAAACACUGUUUGUAGGAAACGACCAAGUGUCUGAGAUCUAACCUGCACCAUCCUGCUCGCGCUACAAUUCUGGGCUUUCUGUCUCUAAAUUAUAAAUACAUAUAUAUAUUAUAAAUAUAACCUUUGUGUAACUAUGACUUAAUGAGAAACAUUUUCAGCUUUUUUUCCUAAGAAUUGUCAACAUCUUUUUUAUAAGUGUGGUUGGAAAGCAAACUUUUCAGAAUGACCUGUGGCUUUAUAAAAUAAAGGUAUUUCUAAGCAAAAUGGUCAUGCCGAUUGCUUCUCUUGAUAUCUGUCUGCAGGGUUACGUGAUGGAAAUAAUUCUCACGAGACCCCAAGUCAUGUAAGUUGUCCCCAGCCUCCAGCGGGGUCUUCAGCCUGGGUCUGAUUUAGCCACACUCCGACUAUAGCCAACUGUAUUGCCUCAGUUUUGUCCAUAGAAGCCAACCACGCUAAUCUGAACCUGUUCCCAUUUCUCCUAAUGUUCCUCCCAUGCCCCAGAGAAGGAAUCGAGGCCAUUUGGGUAGAAAGGGUGACCAGAUUCACAAAGCUGGAGGUGGAGGGAGGUGAGAAAGGCCCUCGGGUCAUAAAAUUUGAACAAAAAUGGACCCUAGAAGUUAGCAGUCCCAACUCUGUCACUUUAUAGAUGAGGGUCCUGAGGCCCAGAGUCAGUGAAUGAUUUACCCAAGGUCUUAUAGUCAUUGGCAGAGCUAGAACCCAGGACCUCUGACCAUUAGAUCCAAUUCCCUUUAUACUACAUUGGGCUGCCUCCCAGUAACCAACUCAGAGCUAUUCCUCAAGGGCAGCUAGCUGUCCAGACCACUCUGUAACUCAAGUAGCUCCCAUUGGCAAUUAAGCAAAAUUCCAUCUAAACUCUUGGAAUCUGAUCAAGGAAGUAUAAAUGGAUCUCUUCAGGUCAAUUCAGCUUAUAAGAAAUUCACAAGACAAAUCACAUGACAGAAUAUGCCAUAAUGGGGGAAAAGUAGGUUUGGAACCCAAAGACCUGGAUUCAAGUUCAAUUCUUCCACUUAAUGCCUGCAACCCUGGAUAAGUUACUUAAUCUCUCUGGGUCUCAGUCUUCCCCAUCUAUAAAAUAAGAGAUUUACAUUAGUUUGCAUCAAGGGCUCUUUCAGCCAUAAAUUCUGUGACAAUACCAAAUGCCAUAGAACAGUGUGAUGGAAAUGAUUUUUGGUGGACAUAAAAACAUUUUAUCUUUUAGCUACUUCUCCCAUUAGUAACUUUUAGUUGGGAGGAAAAUUAUUUUAGUGUUGCAGUCCAACUUUGAAGAAGGGAAAGUCACUUGCUGUCCCCAAAAGAAUAUUUGAGUCAUGGUUGGUAUUCAAAUAUUGUGUAGACUUUUUUUAAUCAUUAAAAAGGCAAAUAUUGGCACAUGACUACUCUUAUAAUCCUUCCUCCUCCUAGAAUCCUAAAAAGAAUCAAAUUUCCAAAGCAAAUCAUUUAGGAGAAAAAUGUCAAGUAAAUUUCUACUACACACUUCAGAAUGAGCCACCACAAGCCCAAGUCACUAUCCUUCCUAGUUUUUCCCAGGAAUCCCAGGUUCUUUUCCAUCUAGAACCUUGGACAAUGUUAGCUGCUGGUGAGAUCCCACCACCACAAUUCUCCACAUAGCUAUCAGGCAAUCAGUGACUUGACAAGGGCUCCUAAGGAGAACUGGCUUUCCUUUCCUUUGCUAAUCAUCUAGAUCAUUAGGAAGUGGUAUUUUGACCUUCUAACAAACAAUGGGUAUAUGGCUAGACAAGAGAGGACUCCAAGAUCCCUCUCAGCUUUAAGAUUCUGUGACCCAGAAGAUUUUCUUUGAGUUUAAAUUAAGUGAAGCUUUUGGGUGGGGGAAGAUUCUAUUAAAGAAAUUCAAUCACUGGAUUGGAGUUUAUCAUUUGAUAAAUGAUUUUUUAAAUAGAAUUAGAAUAUAUUUUAAAUAUAAGUGUAUUAGCAAUUUGGUGAGGGAAUUCAACAUCUGUUUGUGUCAUUGCAUUAGGCUUUGUAUCAUGAUUUAUUUUCUCUUUCCUCUCCUGUUUCCUUUGAAGAAAAAAUGGCCCUUGGUGUGUGUGUCUUUGCUGUUGUAUGAGCCUACCUGUGUGAGUUUCUUUGUUGCCUCUACUCUACAGACUUUACCUUAUCCACUAGGGGCACUGUGGCUUAGGGAACCAUUAUUACCUGUCUCUACUGUUGUUGUGUUUUGUUUCUUGUUUUUAACCUAAACAGAGCAUUUAUGUUAGCCUACUGUGCUUAGCAUACCAAUGUGUGUAUAUAUAUAGAGAUACAUAUGUAAAGCAAAUCUAUAUAUAAUAUAUGUAAUCAAAGAUGCAUAUGUUAUAUAUAUAUGAACGUAUAACCUAUUUUUCUUGAUCUAUAAUAUUCAGCUACCAUGUAUAUACAAAUAAAUGUAUUUUAUUAGCCAGAGGCUUAAGUUCCUAA